AUGAUGUCGAAUUCAGCGGCCGCCGAAGAGCCACCGCAUAAAAGGAGGAAGAUGUCUCCGUGUCCUUCAUCUUCCCUGCCAGAUGACCUGGUUCUGAGCUGGCUGGCUCGAGUGUCGAAAUCGGAUCACGCGGCCUUGUCUCUCGUCUCCAAGAGCCAUCGCGCUCUAGUGGCUUCUCCUGAUCUCCACAGGAUGAGGUCACUAUUGGGUUGCGCCGAGAAUUGGCUGUAUGUAUGUUUGGCAACCCCUCCCGAUCCAACCCCACGCUGGUUCAUCCUCCACCGUGGUAAAUCCGUGGAUCGGCUUCUGCGCCCGAUCGCUUCGUUACGCUUUCAGCCUCCGGAAGCAUCCUCCGUGGUGGCGGUCGACUGGGGAAUCUAUGUAAUCGGUGGACGUGUAAAGGGGAAGCUCUCUCGGGGAGUCCACCUCCUGGAUUGCCGGACUCACAGGUGGCGGCGAGCCCCUUCCAUGGGAAUAGCUCGAGCUGCCGCGGCGGCCGGAGUCGUAGGUGGGAAGAUUUACGUGUUUGGAGGCUGCCGGGACUUUGAUUCCUCAAACUGGGCAGAGGUAUUCGACCCAAAGACCCAAACUUGGGAUUCUUUGCCGGCGAUACCGGAUCCGACGGUACGCUGUCAGUAUAUGACAGGCAGUGUGGUCGUGGAGGAGAAGAUGUACGCAAUGUAUGGAGUGGAUGAUAGCUUCUACUACUCGCCGAGGGAAAGUAAAUGGGGAAGAGGGAAUAUUCCUCCACGGACGAGAAACAGAAGGGAUUGGUGUUUCAUUGAUAAGGUGAUCUACUGUAUUGACAACAGAGGACACCUGUGUUGGUGUGAGCCAGUGCAGUUGGAGAGCUCUGAUCCAGAGGGCAUGUAUUGGAGGGAGGUGAAGGGUUUGGGCUCUCUGAAUGAGAGUCUCUCUCGCUCCAGGCUGGUCCACUUUGAUAGCCAGUUUGAGGCUAUAUGUGAGACUGGUGACCAAAACCUUGUUGAUUUACUUCCCGGAGCCAGGCUCAGCAACUUUGGUGGCAACCUUGUGCUCUUCUGGGACGUGGUCGAGGGGGAUGAUCAUCACCUUGGGGUCUGGUGUGCUGAGAUCUCCUUGGAGAGACGACCCCAAGGACCCGAGAUUUGGGGCAAUAUCGAGUGGUCUAACGCUGUCAUGACCGUCGAUCGCCACAAGGGACCUGAUCACAAAGAGUUGUCAUCAAUGCUUCACAAAGCUUUGGAAGGCGUAAUAAUGAUGGAGACGUUUCCAAAGACAACUGCUGAUGUUUUUGACUUUUUGCAUUGGUGCUUGAAUCUGGAGGCAGUAAGUCUCAUCUUGACUCUCGUACGUUCUCAAUCAUAUGAUAACCUUGUGGGGAUGGUUCUUGUAAACAUUGGUUCUGAAAGCAGAAGCCUUAUGAUUGAUCCACUUACAGAAGAUGGAGGCUGUGAAGAUGGAAGCUUUAUGGUGACGUGCAUGCCAUGUCGGCAUGAAAUCACUCAUCCAACCAUCACUGGUGAAUGGACGAAACCUAAUAUCAAUGAGUUAUCAGGAUCCUCUGCUUUUUUUUGGGCUUUUGAGGUUGGAAAGUCUGUUGGAUUCGAGGUUGCUCCGGCUCCGUUCCUUUCCGUUACGUUCGAGGGAAAACUGGAGACGAACGGGAAGGUGGAGCAAGGCAAAGGAGAUAAUGUCUCCGUCAAGUUUGGCUCACACGGUGAGGCGCCAAAGAAAACCGAAGAGAAGACUAACAAGAAUGUGUUGAUCUCUGAUGUACCAAAAGACGCAGCAGAGGAAUGGCCUGCGGCGAAGCAGAUCCACUCUUUCUACUUUGUUAAAAACCGUCAUUACGAGGACCCCAAGAUCAAAGCCAAGCUUGAGGCGGCUGAUAAAGAGCUUGAGAAGCUGAAUUGA